AUUUACCUACGUGUUUACCUUUUCGAUUGUUUCGAAAUGUAAUUUGGUGAGCGUGCGCGGUGAGGCGGUGCGACGAAACGAGGCCGCCGCGCAGCCGCGUGCUCAUUGCCAUGCGUGUUUACAAAACUUCGCCGAAAAUCGAAGACAAGACACGAAAACUCCGCUUGCGUUAGUCAUUACAAAUUAGAUUCAAAUAUGGCUGAUAGUAUAUAACGUAAACAAUGUUAUAUGUAAUGGUUUUUUUUGGGUUAAACAACAAAAAAUCUAGAAUGAACAGGCACAGUUGUAGUAAACGGCUCUUUCAUGCGCAGCGGAAGUGCCGCCCGGCUGGGUAAACAAACAAAGAGUAAUUCAUGAAUUUCCUGUGUGCCGCUUGUGCGCCGGUUUUUGUUUCGCGGUACGCAUUUUAAUUUCAGCCGCGGAUGCUGCAAGCCAACGAACGCUGGAAUGCGGCUCGGAGGCUAACAUUUCUCAAUCCUCUGCCUGGGAAAACAGCGUGAGUGUUGCGCGAAGAACACUUCAAAUGGUUUUUAACUUUUGUACCGCGAAGACAUUUAAAACUAAUAUGAAUUUUGAUUAUGCUAGAAUAAAAAGCAUAGUUUAUCGUUUUUCUUUGUGGAAACUUCAACCAAGUACAACACUUGGUAUAGGCGUAAGUUUCCGGCGCUCGGUCAUUGAUGUGAUCUCUGAGGAAUGUGGUAGGGCAAGCUCGGAGAGCGGCCGUGGCUGCAAGAGGGGCGCGAGCGGGCCGACGGCCCCGAGACGGCGAGCGACGCGCCGAGUCAAGAAUGGAAUGUUUGAAAUCGUGAAUGGCUUCCACCUUCCGCGCCCCGCACUCGCCCGCACUACGUGCGUGCACGCGAACCGAAGAGCGCGACUAUGAGUCGCUUCUGAGGCUGACUAAGAGUCGCGUCUACUUCUAGUAGUACUAUCGCCAUUCUCCACUAUAAUCCACUAUUUGUAAAAUAUGUGCUUCCGGUGAACAAUUUUGGUAUGCUUUCGCCGACUUUGCCCGAAAGUGUAGUUUUGACAAGUUUGGAAAGGUUUUCUAAGCGAGAGGAAGAAAAGUCCGUAGAUGCACCAUCUCAUCGGGCAAAGAUGCUCGUGAGCAACAGUAGCAGUAUUCCGCAUCCACAUCAGCUUAUUGCGCCUCGACCAGCGCUUGCCGUCUCCCAACCACCUCCUGACAGUGUCACAGCGGUCGACAAUGAAAAGAAGCCGAUGAAGUCACAGCGAAACCGCCUACUGUCAUACAUCAAUUGGCCGUGCACCUUUGUCACGGCGGAUGCCCUCGCCGAGCAGGGCUUCUUCUACACUCAAAAGUCGGAUAUAGUGAGGUGCGCCUUCUGCGGCCUGGAGCUAGGGAAGUGGGAGGCGGGCGACGUGCCGGCGGCAGACCAUCGAACUUGGUCGCCGCAUUGUCCACUAAUUCGCGGCGUCGAGUGCGGCAACGUCUGUAUGUCGGACAGCGAACGCGCCUCUUGUCCAACAUCAGCCGCCGACGAUCUUAGUUUUGACACGUGCGGCAAGUACGGCAUCCACGUGCGUCCCAACUCGGGCCCCGAAAACGGUCGCCCGGUGGACGUGCAGCGAUACGCCGUCAAGCACACCUCAGCAGCGCACCCGCAAUACGCUCUAGUAGAAGAGCGCCUACGCACAUUCAAGGACUGGCCAGUCAGCAUCAAGCAGCGUCCUGAGGAACUCGCCCCAGCGGGUUUCUAUUACUCUGGCAAGAGUGACCAAACUAUUUGCUACUCCUGUGGUGGUGGUUUGAAAGCCUGGGAGCCGUCGGACGAUCCCUGGGAGCAGCACGCCAGUUGGUUCCCACAGUGCACUUUUCUGCGUAUGAACAAGAGUGCUGAUUUUAUCGCGCUUCACAACAAAACCGGCGACGAGAAGGGCCGCUUACCAAAACCGAGCACCAGCGCUUCGGGAGUGGAAGCACGUGCCCCUGUAUCGUCGUUGAACAGUCCGCAAGCGCCGCCAUCACCGGCCGCCGCUGCUGCUGUGACAACCAAAGAUCCACCUAGCGGCACACCGCUCGUCAAUCUAUGCAAAAUCUGCUACACUAAUGAGAUCGGCGUCGUGUUUCUCCCCUGCGGCCACAUGGUCGCUUGUACAGAAUGCGCUUCCGCUCUUACUAGAUGUGCCGUCUGCAGGCUUGAUUUGGAAGCAACCGUGCGCGCUUACCUCUCGUAGGACCCUUUUAAAACUGCUAAUUACAGAUAAUAAAGUUAAAUUUUUAAGUAAAACUAUUUCACGGUUUUUUCUAGUCAAACUUCAUCAACAUUUAAAUUAUUUAAUCACAUCAUCGCGCGCGAGCAUCAAGUUUGAUCUAAAAAGAAGAGUGUUGUAUAAAUGUAAAACAGACGUGAACAUUGAAAAUUGUAUUAAUCCAAUGACGCUGAAUGUACAUAAGAUUUAUUGACUUGAAUUGAUCUCCAAGGUAGAUUAAUGUGACUUUAUUCAUUCAAAGAAGGAAAUAUUUUUUUAAACGCUUGACACGCUCCAGCAGAAAAUUUGUUGGUUUGUUUUUCGAAGUGUAUCAUUUUGGUUUUAACGACAAGUACAAGUUAGUUGAUAGCAUUUUAGGAUUUUCUUUUAUUUUACGCUUAUUAAUCUAAUCUAGGGAGUAAUAUUUAACUUUUUCGUUUUUAAGGUAUGUUAGUAUGUUUUAUGUAAAAAAGUUAGGUUUUGUGCCGAAUUGUGUUUGUUGCCUUGCUUCUUCAUUACUAGUUACACGGUCGACUCUACUGGCACUUUGUAAUAUUGCAAACAAAUUUGAAUAUUUUACCACCAAGCUGAAUCAUUUACAUUGUAGAAAUAAAUAUCGAAAAUUAAGCCGC